AUGACACGAAUUAAACGUCCUUUAUUUGGUGGUGCUAUUCAAGCAUGUCUACCUGAUCGAAGGGUCGGUGCGAGUACACUUCGACUCGUACCGAACAACCAAGAAGUUUUUAUGCAUUCCGAUUCAGAUCAAAGUAUAAUCGUAGAAAUUCUCGAAAGAGUCGAUGAAGUUUCGGAAGAGAAUGCAAUCAAAUAUCAUUUUGAUGCAUUAGCAGAAGCAAACGAUGCACAGAGUGGACAAGAUCACAUUGUCGAUAAAAUCGAAUCAAUUCCAAUUGAUUCUCUCAAUGUUCAACGACUAACAUCUGCAUGGUAUUUAUUCGGUCGACAACAAAUAUCCAAGUAUCACGAACAAGCAAAAAACAUCGUUCAUCUGCAUCUCUGUCUUCUUCGUUUGGGUGAUGACAUUGCAACCGACAUUCUGAUUUCAUUUAAUGAUCCAGCUUUUGUCAACACACAAAGUAGUAGCAGCGAUCAACAAGUUCAAACUGGCUCUCGAUGGACUUUGGACGAUUUCAAAGAAUUCUUCUGUUCAUUAGAAAUCGUUGAUUAUGGAUUAUUCGUUCCGACAACAACAACAAACGAUGUUGAUAUGUCUUAA